CGAGCAGAGAAGGGGGAGGGAGUGGGAGCCGGAGCGAGAGAGCGAGGGGAGGCAGACAGGCCGUUGGGCAGGCGGGCGCAGAGUCGACAAACUAAACGCUGGGAUCCCGCCCAGGCGGAGCCGCAGUGCCCCUGGUAGCUCCAGCCGCGGCGGGGGCUGGGCCUGGGGGUCGGCGGUGAGGCGCCACCGGGGAUGGAGACGUUGCGGCCGGUGGCCACAGAAACUUGAGCUGCGGUUGAUAAACCUCUGCUCCGGUCUCUGCGCCCUCCUCCCACACCCCCACGCGCUGCUUUCGGCGCGGGCCGCUGCGCUCCCAAGGAGAGGGGGCGCAGGGGGGGUUGGCCGCGGCUCCCCGAGGCCAGCCCCCCCGGAGUGAGUGCCGCCACCAUGGCGGACGGGGCACCCCGGCCGCCGCUUUACCGCAGCGUCUCGUUCAAGCUGCUGGAGCGCUGGAGCGGCGGCCCCGGGCCGAGGGAGGAGGACACGGACACCCCCGGCUUGCGGCGCCGGGCCUCGUGCCGGCCAACCACGGCUGCCCCGGGCCAGCCCUCUCGGCGCGUGUCCAAGCUGGCGUCUGGGCCCCCGGCCGCCCCCGCGCAGCCGCGCCCGCUCCGCAGCCUCUCGCCGUCGGUGCGCCAACUCUCCCGGCGCUUCGACGCGCCGCGUCUGGACUACGGCUCCGCUGGGGCCCGGGACGGGGGCGUCUUCCCCGCGGCCGCGGAAGAAGCGGCCGAGGGCCCAGCGCGAGGGGCCUGGCCCAGCGUCACCGAGAUGCGCAAGCUCUUCGGCGGUCCUGGCUCCAGGAAGCCCAGCGCCGACUCUGAAUCCCCGGGAACGCCCAGCCCCGACAGUGCCGCGUGGGAGCCUCCGGCUCGGGAGUCGCGGCAGCCACCGACGCCACCCCCUCGGACAUGCUUCCCCCUGGUGGGUCUGCGUUCGGCGCGGCCCCUGACCGGGCCGGGGACCGAAGGGAGGCUGCGCCGGCAGCAGCAGCAGCAACAGGAGCGGGCGCUGCGCCCAGCGGAUGGUUUACAUUCUUGGCAUAUCUUCUCCCAACCGCAGGCCGGGGCCCGGGCCUCCUGCUCCUACUCCUCCUCCAUCGCCUCCUCCUAUCGUGUCAGCCGCAGCCGUGCUGCCAGCUCCAGCGAGGAGGAAGAGGAGGGCCCGCCGCAGCCGCCUGGAGCCCAGAGUCCGGCCUACCACGGCGGCCACUCCUCGGGCAGUGACGACGACCGAGACGGUGAGGGCGGCCACCGCUGGGGAGGGAGGCCCAGGCUCAGGCCUGGAAGCUCCCUAUUGGAUCAGGACUGCAGACCUGACAGUGAUGGGUUAAAUCUGAGCAGCAUGGACUCAGCAGGGGGAGCCAGGAGCCCUGAGCUCCCAGCAUCUCCAAGAGCCCCUGGAGAAGAAGGACUCCGGGAGUGGGGUAGUGGCUCUCCGCCCUGCGUCCCAGGUCCCCAGGAGGGACUUCGGCCUAUAUCUGACUCUGUGGGAGGAGCUCUCCGUGUGGCCAAGGUGAGCUUUCCCUCGUACCUGGCCAGCCCCGCAGGCUCCUGCGGUAGCAGCCGUUAUUCUAGCACGGAGACUCUCAAGGACGACGACCUAUGGUCUAGUAGGGGUUCUGGGGGCUGGGGCGUGUACCGUUCCCCUAGCUUUGGAGCUGGGGAAGGGCUCCUGCGGUCCCAGGCUCGAACCCGUGCCAAAGGACCUGGGGACACCUCUAGGGCAUUGAGGGAUGGAGGAUUUGAGCCGGAAAAGAGUGGGCAGCGGAAGUCCCUGUCAAAUCCAGAUAUCGCCUCAGAAACCCUGACGCUUCUCAGUUUCCUGCGCUCAGACCUUUCAGAACUGAGGGUCCGAAAACGUGGUGGGAGCCCCGGGGACCGUGUAAGCAGCCCCCUAGAUGGCAGAGACUCACCAUCCGCAGGUGGCUCCAUGGGGCAACUUGAACCUAUGCCCAUCCCAGCCCCAGCAUCACCUGGCACGCGCCCCACACUCAAGGACUUGACAGCCACUCUGCGGAGAGCAAAGUCAUUCACCUGCUCUGAGAAGCCCAUGGCCCGCCGCCUGCCCCGCACCAGUGCUCUGAAGCCCAGCUCCUCCGAGCUCCUGCUGGCAGGCCCUGGUGCCGAGGAGGAUCCACUGCCUCUCAUCGUCCAGGACCAGUAUGUGCAGGAGGCCCGCCAGGUUUUUGAGAAGAUCCAGCGCAUGGGUGCCCAGCAAGAUGAUGGAAGCGAUGCCCCCCCUGAAAGCCCUGACUGGGCACGGGACGUGACCCGAGGGCAGCGGUCCCAGGAGGAGCUCUCAGGCGCUGAGUCCAGUCUGACAGAUGAAGGCAUUGGAGCGGACCCUGAGCCUCCUGUUGCAGCAUUUUGCGGCCUGGGUACUACAGGGAUGUGGCGACCCCUUUCCUCAUCCUCAGCCCAGACGAACCACCGUGGCCCUGGGACUGAGGACAGUCUGGGUGGGUGGGCCCUGGUGUCCCCUGAGACCCCUUCCACACCAGGUGCCCUCCGCCGACGACGCAAAGUCCCACCUUCAGGUUCUGGUGGGAGUGAAUUGAGCAAUGGGGAGGCAGGUGAGGCCUACAGGUCCCUGAGUGACCCAAUUCCUCAGCGCCAUCGGGCUGCCACCUCUGAAGAGCCCACUGGGUUCUCCGUGGACAGUAACCUCCUGGGCUCACUGAGCCCCAAGACAGGGCUCCCUGCCACCUCAGCCAUGGAUGAGGGCUUGACCAGUGGUCACAGUGACUGGUCUGUGGGCAGUGAAGAAAGCAAGGGAUAUCAGGAGGUUAUUCAGAGCAUAGUUCAGGGGCCUGGCACCCUGGGGCGUGUAGUGGACGACAGGGUUGCUGGCAAAGCCCCCAAGAAGAAAUCCCUGAGUGACCCCAGCCGCCGGGGGGAGCUGGCUGGGCCUGGAUUCCAGGGCCCUGGAGGGGAGCCCAUCCGAGAAGUUGAGCCUGUGCUGCCUCCAUCCAGCAGCGAGCCCAUCCUUGUAGAGCAGCGGGCAGAGCCAGAAGAGCCUGGUGCCACCAGGAGCCGGGCACAGUCUGAAAGGGCCCUACCUGAGGCUCUGCCUCCCCCUGCCACUGCCCACCAAAGCUUUCACCUUGACCCCAAGCUGGCUGACAGUCUAUCCCCGAGGCUAAUCCGCCGAGGCUCCAAGAAGCGCCCAGCUCGGAGUAGUCACCAGGAGCUUGGGAGAGAUGAGGGCAGUCAGGACCAGAUUGGCAGCCUGUCUCGGGCCCGGCCCUCCUCCAAACACGUUCGCCAUGCCAGUGUGCCCGCCACCUUUAUGCCUAUUGUGGUGCCUGAGCCACCAACUUCUGUUGGCCCCCCUGUGGCUGUGCCAGAGCCCAUAGGCUUCCCUGCCCGAGCCCAUCCCACGUUGCAGGCACCAUCGCUUGAGGACGUCACCAAACAGUACAUGCUGAACCUGCACUCCGGCGAGGUCCCUGCCCCAGUGCCAGUGGACAUGCCCUGCUUGACUCUGGCUGCACUGCCUUCUGCUGAGACCAAGCGCCCUGAGGCAGCUCGGCCUCCAGAUGAGCCUGCCCCUGCCAGCAAGUGCUGCAGCAAGCCACAGGUGGACAUGCGGAAGCACGUGGCCAUGACCCUGCUGGACACAGAGCAGUCGUAUGUGGAGUCGCUGCGCACCCUGAUGCAGGGCUACAUGCAGCCGCUGAAGCAGCCAGAGAACUCUGUGCUCUGUGACCCUGCACUGGUGGACGAAAUCUUCGACCAGAUCCCCGAGCUCCUGGAGCACCACGAGCAAUUCCUGGAGCAGGUUCGGCACUGCGUGCACACCUGGCAUGCCCAGCAGAAGGUGGGAGCCCUGCUCGUCCAGUCGUUCUCCAAGGAUGUCCUAGUAAACAUCUAUUCCGCCUAUAUUGAUAACUUCCUCAAUGCAAAGGAUGCUGUACGUGUGGCCAAGGAGGCGAGGCCUGCCUUUCUCAAGUUCCUAGAGCAAAGCAUGCGUGAGAACAAGGAGAAGCAGGCGCUGUCUGACCUCAUGAUCAAGCCUGUGCAGCGGAUCCCGCGCUAUGAGCUUCUGGUGAAGGACCUCCUGAAGCAUACACCUGAGGACCACCCAGACCAUCCACUCCUGCUGGAGGCACAGCGGAACAUCAAGCAGGUGGCUGAGCGUAUCAACAAGGGUGUGCGGAGUGCUGAGGAGGCAGAGCGGCAUGCCCGUGUGCUGCAGGAGAUAGAGGCUCACAUCGAGGGCAUGGAGGAUCUCCAGGCCCCUCUGCGGCGGUUCCUGAGACAGGAGAUGGUCGUUGAAGUGAAGGCGAUCAGUGGCAAGAAGGACCGGUCUCUCUUCCUGUUCACGGACCUCAUCGUCUGCACCACUCUGAAGCGAAAGUCAGGCUCCCUUCGGCGCAGCUCCAUGAGCCUGUACACGGCAGCCAGUGUCAUUGACACAGCCAGCAAGUACAAGAUGCUGUGGAAGCUGCCGCUGGAAGACACAGACAUCAUCAAAGGGGCAUCCCAAGCCACCAAUCGGGAGAACAUCCAGAAGGCCAUCAGCCGCCUUGAUGAAGACCUCACCACCCUGGGCCAAAUGAGCAAGCUCUCUGAGAGCCUCGGUUUCCCCCACCAGAGCCUGGACGACGCACUGCGGGACCUCUCAGCUGCCAUGCACCGGGACCUGUCGGAGAAGCAGGCACUGUGCUACACGCUUUCCUUCCCGCCAACCAAGCUGGAGCUGUGCACCACUCGGCCCGAGGGCACCGACUCCUACAUCUUUGAGUUCCCUCACCCUGAUGCCCGCCUUGGUUUUGAACAGGCCUUUGAUGAGGCCAAGAGGAAGCUGGCAUCCAGCAAAAGCUGUCUAGACCCUGAGUUCCUGAAGGCCAUCCCCAUCAUGAAAACCCGCAGUGGCAUGCAGUUCUCCUGCGCGGCUCCCACCCUGAACAGCUGCCCGGAGCCCUCGCCUGAAGUGUGGGUCUGCAACAGCGACGGCUACGUGGGCCAGGUGUGCCUGCUGAGCCUGCGCGCCGAGCCGGACGUGGAGGCCUGCAUCGCCGUCUGUUCCGCCCGCAUCCUCUGCAUCGGGGCGGUGCCCGGGCUGCAGCGUCGCUGCCACCGGGAGCCUCCUCCAUCGCUGAGGAGUCCUCCAGAGACGGCACCGGAGCCCGCCGGGCCGGAGCUGGACGUCGAGGCCGCCGCGGACGAGGAAGCCGCGACGCUCGCGGAGCCUGGGCCACAGCCCUGCCUUCACAUCUCCAUUGCAGGCUCGGGCUUGGAGAUGACGCCGGGCCUCGCCGAGGGUGACCCCCGCCCAGAGCUGGUGCCCUUUGACAGUGACUCUGACGAUGAGUCUUCGCCCAGCCCCUCGGGGACGCUGCAGAGCCAGGCCAGCCGGUCCACCAUCUCCUCCAGCUUUGGCAAUGAGGAGACCCCGAGUUCCAAGGAGGCCACAGCAGAGACCACCAGCUCAGAGGAGGAGCAGGAGCCAGGCUUCCUGCCACUGUCUGGCUCCUUUGGGCCUGGCGGUCCCUGCAGCACCAGCCCAAUGGAUGGGAGAGCCCUUCGCCGCUCCAGCCGCGGCUCCUUCACCCGGGGCAGCCUUGAGGACCUGCUGAGUGUCGACCCUGAGGCCUACCAGAGCUCCGUGUGGCUGGGCACUGAGGAUGGCUGUGUCCACGUGUACCAGUCCUCCGACAGCAUCCGUGACCGCAGGAACAGCAUGAAGCUCCAGCACGCAGCCUCUGUGACCUGCAUCUUGUAUCUGAAUAACCAGGUGUUUGUGUCUCUAGCCAAUGGAAACCUUGUGGUUUACCAAAGGGAAGCAGGUCAUUUCUGGGACCCCCAGAACUUCAAAUCAGUGACCUUGGGCGCCCAGGGGAGCCCCAUCACCAAGAUGGUGUCUGUGGGUGGGCGGCUGUGGUGUGGCUGCCAGAACCGAGUCCUUGUCCUGAGCCCUGACACGCUGAAGCUGGAGCACACAUUUUACGUGGGUCAGGAUUCAAGCCGCAGCGUGGCUUGCAUGGUGGACUCCAGCCUGGGUGUGUGGGUGACGUUGAAAGGUAGUGCCCACGUGUGUCUCUACCAUCCAGACACCUUUGAGCAGCUGGCAGAAGUAGACGUUACCCCUCCUGUGCACAGGAUGCUGGCAGGCUCGGAUGCCAUCAUCCGGCAGCACAAGGCUGCCUGUCUGCGAAUCACAGCGCUGCUGGUGUGUGAGGAGCUGCUGUGGGUGGGCACCAGUGCUGGUGUCGUCCUCACUAUGCCCACCUCGCCCAGUACUGUCAGCUGCCCACGGGCGCCACUCAGCCCCACAGGCCUUGGCCAGGGACACACCGGCCACGUCCGCUUCUUGGCCACAGUCCAGCUGCCAGAUGGCUUCAACCUGCUCUGCCCAACCCCACCACCUCCCCCAGACACAGGCCCCGAGAAGCUGUCGUCACUGGAGCACUGGGACUCCCCUCGGCACCGAGGCCCCGCCUCGGCCAGGCCUAAAAUGCUGGUUAUCAGUGGAGGUGAUGGCUAUGAGGACUUCCGACUCAGCAGUGGGGGCGGCAGCAGCAGUGAGACCGUGGGCCGAGACGACAGCACAAACCACCUCCUCCUGUGGAGGGUGUGACCCUGUCUGCCGUGGUCCAGGACUCGCUCGCCUACCUGCCCUCGGCCUGCUUGCCUCUUCCUAGCCCAUAUGCAGACUUUGACCAGGAGUGUCCGGCCAGGGGCACACGUGUCUGCGUGGGCUCUGCCUUGUCUUCUCGGAAGCAUUCCUGAUAGAACACCCACUGAGCAGCCAGGCCAUGGCUUCUCCCGACCCUCUGGCUGCUUCGGUGCUCCCAGUCAUGAUCUGGUGGGGGACGUGGGCUGACCAGGACCUCUGACCCUGGAGCUUCUACCAAAGACACAGCCAGGUCUGGACCCCAUGGGGGCUGGGGAAGGCCAUGUGCAAUAUUUGAAGGGUUUUCUAGAGGGCAGCAGGAAGGCUGGGAAAUUCCCCAUGUACAGUAUUUAUGUUCCUUUUUAGAUGUGUACCUUCCCAAGCACUUAUUUAUGCAGUGACCUGGUGACCUGGGGUGGGGGUGACUUGAGGAAAUGACAUGAGGAAAAGAAACCUAUUCCUGCCCUGGGGACAACCCUGGGACUCUAACCAAGCCUUCCUGGAGAAACCCAUGCACCCCUGAGCCCCAUUCCAUUCAUACAGACACAUGUACGCACACUGCAUGUCCAAGGCGCUAAGCAUUGCCCGUUGACAUAAACUUUCCAGGGCCCGCCUGAUUGGGCUGCCCUCAGUCCUCUAGAUCAAGAUGCUGACUAUUAGGGGGCAGUGAUUGCCAUCUGGGGACCUGCCAGGCUUCGUCAUUUCCCAGUUUGUUGGUGGUGCCUUUAGUGGUUCCCUAAUUUGGGAACACUGAUGGCGCCUUGGACAGGGCUUUCUCUCAGGUAGGAGAAAUGGGCCCAUGAUCUCCUCACAGUCGCCCCCAGUCCUUGGCCCUGCUUCCCUGUGUCUCAUGCACUGGCACAUACGGUCACCUUGGAGGGCAGACCUAGGAGCCCCUCACUCUGACCACUGAAUCCAUCUCCACACCCCUCCUGCCAAGGGAAGCCCCUUCAGGAAGGACCCCCAAAAGCUGAAGGGCUGAAUGUAGCCUCUUCAAUAGAGAAGGCUUCCACUUGAGAGCAGCCUCUGCCUGACCCCCUGGACUACAGGGAGCCACUCUGACCCUCAGCCCCCUCACUUCUUCAGCUAAAACUCCAAAGGUUUGGUUUCAGAUGGGGUUUGUUUUGUUCUGUUUGGUUUUGGUUUUCUUUGGGGUGGGUGGGUCAUUGUGUUCUUAGAUUAUGUUUCUCUUGCUACCAAACAGUCAUGUAUUAACUCUCUUUGGAUGAUGAAGUUUAAAGAGUCAAUAAAUAGAAACACCAGAUGACUGCAUUGGUGGCCACAGUGGCCUCCUGUCAGCAACCUCAGGGCUCAGUCUCCCUGGCCACAUGGGCCUUCCGACGUCCACACACUUGAGAAGAGAGGCCUUGGAGACCCAGAAGAGUGCUGGACGGCGAGGUUGCCACGAUUUGCUGUGUUACCCUGGGCAGGUGUCUGGGCUGCAGUUUCCUCAUCAGGAAAAUAAAGGGGUUGUACUAGUCCAGUGCUUUGUAACCAGGGUUACAUGGUAGAGUUCUUGCAGAUGACAUGUAAAUGUGGAAACGUGA